UGUAGAGGACGUACAAGCUUAUCUAUAGACCCCACCAGCUCAGCAAGUGUUUACUAGCGUCAAGCUAACUGCUAACAUUAUAACAAACCCUCUUGCACCAUUCGGGCUUGGACUUUGGGUGUUCUGCUGGCUACUCAUCAGCUGGCUCAACAGGGUAAACAUGCAGAAAUAUGAAAAACUCGAAAAAAUCGGAGAGGGUACAUAUGGAACCGUUUUCAAGGCUAAAAACAGAGAAACCCACGAAAUUGUGGCUCUGAAAAGAGUCCGUUUGGACGACGACGAUGAAGGCGUGCCAAGCUCUGCUCUCAGAGAAAUAUGUCUGCUCAAGGAACUCAAGCAUAAAAACAUUGUCAGACUACACGACGUAUUGCACAGUGACAAGAAGUUAACGUUGGUGUUUGAAUAUUGUGACCAGGAUUUGAAGAAAUACUUUGACAGCUGCAAUGGUGAUUUAGACCCCGAAACAGUAAAGUCAUUCAUGUUCCAGCUGUUGAAAGGACUUGCUUUCUGUCAUAGUCGGAAUGUUCUUCACAGAGAUCUGAAGCCACAGAAUCUUUUGAUCAACAGAAACGGGGAGUUGAAGCUGGCUGACUUUGGGUUAGCUCGGGCUUUUGGCAUUCCUGUGAGGUGUUACUCCGCUGAGGUGGUGACAUUGUGGUACCGACCCCCUGAUGUGCUGUUUGGUGCAAAACUCUAUUCUACCUCUAUUGACAUGUGGUCUGCCGGCUGCAUAUUUGCAGAGCUGGCAAAUGCUGGAAGGCCUUUAUUUCCGGGUAAUGAUGUGGACGACCAGUUGAAAAGAAUCUUCAGGUUGUUGGGAACGCCGACAGAAGAACAAUGGCAGACGAUGACCAAGCUCCCAGAUUACAAGCCAUAUCCAUUGUAUCCAGCCACCACCUCACUCGUCAACGUGGUGCCCAAGCUAAGUAGCACGGGUCGAGAUCUACUCCAGAACCUUUUGAAAUGUAACCCAGUUCAGAGGAUCUCUGCAGAAGAAGCCUUGCAGCACCCUUACUUUGCAGACUUCUGCCCACCCUAAAUCCUUAGCAGCCCUCCCGCUCGACCUUGGCCGCCACAAUCAAAUCUUCCUGUUAUGCAAGCAGGUCAUUAGAAGUAAGCCAAACCCUCUCCGCUCAAGAAAACACCUUGCUCCGCUUCUCGCUGAGUUCAAAGCUUCUUUUCCACCGCACUGUAAAGAUGAACUUUUAUACAAACGGAUCGUAAAAGUUAGCAACUGAAAUAGCAUUGUAGGUAGCUCGCUGGUGCAUCAACGGAUCUGCUCAGAUUCUAGUUUCUGGUCACUUUUUUUUGGUGCUUGGCAGAAUUUGUCAUUGUCACAUGAAACCCAAAUUUUAAAAAAACGUCAUGCUCAUUAGGAAAGUCCAGGCAGAGAAAGGACAGGGAAACUCAGCAACAUGAAGGAAAUUGCAGAAAAACAGCAAUAUAAGGCUUACAUCAUUGUCUAAUCCUUAGUGUUUUUACUGUAUUUCCUCAUAGUGGUCAAGGGUGUUCAUUUAUUCACCUGUAGAAAGUAAUCUGUUAGAGAUAAGGUUUUUAUUAGGGGGGGAAGCCCACAUUUGCAGAAACAUUUUUGUAUAAUAAUGUUUUCCCCACUUAAGUAAUUAUAUUACAAUAUAUAUUAUAAUACAUAUGUGAUAUGUUAUUCUAUAUUGUUUUAUGGCAUCUGUUACAUCAAUGCAUUUUCACAAUAAAUGCCAUUUUUAUUUAAAAUAAAUAAUUAAAAUAUUGCAGUACAUGUUAUAAUACAUAUUAUAGUGUACAGUCAUCCCUCGCUACAUUGCGGUUAAAACAUCACUAGUAUUUUUUUGGUUGAAUAUGGCCUAUUAGUAAAAAAAAAUAUUUAAAAAUUGUACUUAUUCUUUCCCUAAAUUAAGCAUUUCAAGCAUAAAAAUGACUAAAUUAACUAACGAAAUGAACUAAAAUACAAAUACAAGGCAGAAGAGGCCUUAUGAAUGAAUGAAUGAAUGAAUGAAUGAAUGAAGAAGUGACUGGAGUGACUUGGCCACAAGGUGUCAGUGCUGGGUGAGACAAGGACCAGAAAAUGCAUUUAUUGCAUGUUUAAAUUAUCUCAACAUGCACAAUAAUAACAUAAUAAUCAUAUUAAUAACACUACUGUUGUGGCUACUGUGGCUUCAACUUGACUUCUGGUCUGCCUGCCCCUAAGGUCUACUGGUGAACACAUGACACAUGCACACGAGCAGGAGGUUUUUUUUACAUCUUAAAUUGCUUAUUUACUCUUAUUAUGUCUACUAUAUUGGGUAAUACUAGUGUAAAGCCAUUUAAAGCUGCCAUUACAUUACACUGAUGAGACAAUAGUCACCCGAGAAGUAGCCUGUCCAGACAAAAACAAGGCAGUGAGUGAGUAUAUGUUAUCUUAUUUAUAUCCAAUGUCUUAUUUUCUUUGAUUAAAUCUUCAAUAUUUGGGUAAUACACAUGUAAAGGUGACUAUAUGGGUGUUAUUUCAUGUCUAGUAAAUAUUCCAUUUAUUAAUAUUGAAUUCUACUUUGAAUUUCACUUAUGGUCAAGUCUGGAACCAAUUAAUCACGAUAAACGAGGGACGACUGUAUUGGCGACCUGCCAACAUGUAAGCAUUGUACACAUAUGGCACAUUUUGUUGCAUUUCGUCGGUUUCAGAUUCUUUGUUCAGCCAGCCGUGACGCUGAAGCCUCACGAAGCCUCACAAAGCCUUCAGUGUCCGUCCGUGACAUGCACCUCCCCAAAAAAUCCUUGAGCUGCGAGAAUACUGAUAGCUAAAGCUGUGAUUGGUCGGCUUAGAGUACAGUAUUUCCUGUGUGUAUACGACUCGUUCAGAGGGCAGACAGCCCACCUCCACGAAUGCCUUCUUCGAUUUUGGAUCUAUGGACUGUUUGUCUAUGGACGGAUUGGUUAGUUCGAGCUGCAAAAACAUUCCCCUUCAAUCUUUAAUUAUUCGCCAUUAUUCGCUCACAAUGGGAAGCUAACAAGCUAAAUAGUCGACAAGAGCUGUGUUCCCUCACAGAGUUGACGUUACGUCUUGAGCUGAACCCUGACGACGAGCUAUAAAAGCAGGGGUGUCCAAAGUACAAAAUGGCCCAUGGCUCAUUUGUUAUUGGCCCACGGCACAUUGUAGAGCUAAAGUAAACUACCGUAAUUUAAAAAAACACAAAAUAAUAGAUAAUAAAAUAGAGCAAAAGGAAUCAUGUAUUACAAAUAACUAAUAAUGCAAAACAUUUUCUUUAAACAUGUAUUGCAUUUUACAAAAUACGAAAAAUGUUGAAAAGUGAAAAAUGUUUAAAGUUGGUGGGGGGAGUUAUUUCUUCAAGGUUGGCAUGUCUGAUAUAUAUUAUAGUAAAUACUGACAUUUUACUGACAAAAAUAUAAAUUUAAAUGGUAAAUAUGUAUUAUAAUGUACUGUAUGUUGUGGUGCAGACUCCAGAUUUGGUUCUGUUUUCUCCUCCUACCUCCAUCUUAAAACUUCAGCUUUACAGAUGCCAUGUCUGCUCUGCGGGUGGUGAGUAUCUUACAAUGACAUCAACAAGUACACCCAGUGGUGUCAAUAUGAGGUGCAAUGUUUUAUUUAUUUAUACACCUUACCUGGUGAUUGAGGUAUUUGUCUAUUAAAGCGGAGGCCACUAUUUGAGGAAAUACAGUAUGUCACCUUUCACCUAUCAGUUGGUACCAUGUUGUGUGAAAAAAAGCUGUUUCGCAUUAGUUGGUUUAAUUUUUCGCAGAAGUACUAGUUUCAUUCAGCUAAAGCUCUUGUCUAAAAAUGUAUCCAUUUUAAAUCUUGUAUCUUGUAUUGCUGGGGUGCAUGUGAUGUCACAUCCUGUUGUUGUCAGGGGCUCAAACAGAUGGGGGUCAAACAAGCGUAUUCAUAGCCAAAAGUCCAUGUAAAAUCAGCGAAUAUGUCGCAUACAUGCUCGGUUCUUGUAUGUGGAAUUCAUUCAAAUAGGGAUUUCGGAAAUGUUAUUACUAGGAUAGUCCAUCAUAAAGACAAAAAAGUUCAUGAAACAAACCAAAACGUUGCUAAAGGUGGCUGCUGAAAAAAGUGUAGCUGAGUAUGAACACGCUUGAGUUUGCAGUAAGCAACAACAAGCAAAAUGUAUAUUAAAACCAAUGUUAAAAUAUUGUUGCAACUCCAUGCUCGUAAAAAUGUGAAAUGCAGAAACAGUUGCCUCAUAUCGUAAAACUACAGAUUCGUCAUUUUCUCUUACUCCAUCUAAAUGCUCCGACUGUAUAAGUGCCCAAGUAUUCAAUAAAUAUCAUAAAUAUAAUGACAAUAUUACAAAACCUGCUGUGUUGCAAGAAAAUAACAUGAAAAAGUAACAUAAGUUAGGGGGCUAAGUCUGCACCAGCCGUAUUACAACUUGUGACGCGAUCCUGUUGUUGACACAUGCCUGCAUCAGCCUGGGGUUCCGCGCACCUCAGCCUGCCUCCCUGCCCUUGCCGCCCCAUGACAGGCGAGGUGUCCCUGACCUCCAGAGUAGCACCCCAGCGAAACCAGCAAGAUUUUCUGCCUUGAAGCAUGCCCAACGUUGCCCCUUGGAGGGCGGGGAAGUGUGGCGGGGUCCGGAGCUUCCAGCAGCCCGGAAAUACUGCAUGCAAACCGGCAGCCAAAACGGCGAGCAGAGACGAUUAAUGAAAUAAUUUCAACCGCAUGCACCAUUGCAUGCAACAUACUGAGUUUGAACCCCAUUCGAUGACGGGAAGUGACAUACUCUGUCUGUAUAGGUCACGUAGUUGAAACCCAGCAUUAAGCUGAGCUAUUACGUCCUCCAGUCUGUGCUGAUAAAAUCAAUUGAAAGGAGCAGUUUUUAUAACAGGGUUUAUAUUGGAGGGUGGGCGCGUGUGUUGCACAGAAUUAUAUACUUGUAUUAGUUUUUAAAAUGCACAUUUAACCAUCUGGGGUCUGUUUAAUUUACUACCCUUUCGGGUCCCUAGAGGGGAAAAAAAGUCUAUUGCCAAACACUGCUGUAAAAACAUAACAGAUUAACAUUUUUUCUUUUUUUUUUUUUUUUUGCUUUGAUCGCUCAAUAAACUUGAGUUCUAAUAAAAAAAAAAUACCAAACGUUAAUACGUUUAUUAUUUUAACCCUGUAAAUACCUAUUUGAUUCAAUGAUGUCACUGUUUUUGCUUAGAGAAAUGCAAACGAGUUAUUUUCCAUAUAAUACAUGUUAGGGGGCUGUGACUUCAUGUCAAAGAUCUAAUUUCUACAUUCCCAAAGUGGAGUACGCCUACCCCCAGGGGUACGCCAAUUGCCAUAGGGGGUACGUGAAGAAAAAUGAAAAACUAUUAGCGCCUAACACUCCCAAUUACGAGUGUGCCUGAACGCCUCACGGCGCAGACUGCACAGUCACAGCAGAAAGAAGGAAAGAGACAGAGAAGUUCUUCAUUGCUCUGUGUGAGUUAUAUGAAUAAGUACGUACGUUUGAUGAUUGUUGUGCAUUAAGAGUAUUUAAUCUUGAAGAUUUAAUUUAUAUUGGUGUUCCAAUCCCCAAACUGUGAAAACCUGUCAAUGUAUGUGCGUGUCAAGAUGAGAGAGAGGGGAUUCCCCCGAAAACGAGGCGUAUCCCUGGUUGUGUGUAUUUUUAUACUUUGGGUCAUGUUUUCUCAACUUUCCCUUUCAAUUUGGUAAAUGAAUAUGCAGACUUAAAACAUAACCAUUGCAAGUGGACAAAAGUGAAGCUCAAGUUCAACCCAUUUAAACUGAAGGAUCCCAACAUCCGGCUGAAAUAAAAGAUGUGUAGUAUGUAUGAACUACUAUCUAUCAGUGCUCAUGUCAUUUUCAUCAUCAAUUUUAUUAUUAAGCUUAUGUAUAGUCAAGUCUUAUCUUUGAUAUAGACCCCCACCCCCUAACAUUUACUAUAUGGAAAAGAAAUAAUUGUGUAUGUCUUUUCCUAAGCAAAAACAGUAUUUUUAUUUAUUAAUUAGAACUAAAGUUGAUUGACAUAUUUGAGCAAAAAAGUUGGAAAAAACAAUCUUUUGUUUUUAUAAGAGUUCUUGGGAGUAGACUUUUUUUUUUUUUUUGUCCUCGAGGGACCCGAAUAAGUGGGAAAUUUGUCCUGGCCAUCUGGUUAACCUAGGAACAAAGUCUAAAUUUGAAUGUUAUGAUUUUUCAUGAAAGAAAAACAAAAACACUAUAAAUACAUGGGUAUUGUUUGGAUAAUAUCUCUAAUAUUGAGGGGCGGCAUGGCUCAGGUGGUACAGUGGUCGUCUCCCAACCUGAAGGUUGCGGGUUCAAUCCUCUGUCCUCCCGUGAUCGUGUCGAAGUGUCCUUAGGCAAGAUACUGAACCCCCAGUUGCUCCUGAUGCUGCGUCAUCAGUAGGUAAAUGUGCUAGCAGUGUCAAAGCGCUUAGCGUGCCUUGGAGGUGGAAAAGCGCUAUACAAGUGAAAGACCAUUUACCUUUUUACCAUUUAAUGUAGCAAUAACUUUCUGCAAACCAACCUGUCUUUCUGUCCCGAUUGCUAGCCUGUGUUGAAGAUUGUAUAAUAAUAAUAAUAAUAAUAAUAGUAAUAGCACAAGAAGCUAAUUUAUUAUUUCAUCAUUUGCCCCCUUCUUUAUAUUUGUAUUUGCACAUCCUGAUGUGAAGAGAUUUCAACACUUGAGAUUAUUGAAGCUGGUUUUCAAUUAAUGGGCCAGUAUCGUCGUUAUACGUACUCUCACCUGUGGACCAUUCAUACGGAUUUUUUUUUUUUUUUUGUGUAAUGCUUGGAGAAGAAAUGGGACAUCUUUCAUACAAUUAUCUUGCACGGUUAGCCUUUUCUUUUUGCAUUUGGUUUUCAAAUAGAUUGUUCUAGCACUACUUCUCCCACGAAGGCCUACAAAAUGUAAUUGACACAGCUAUCUUCCAUUUUUUGGUUUGUUUUUUUAGCAGAAAUGGUUGCAUGUAUUUAUUAUAAUUAAUAAUUGCUGGAAUGUGAGGCGUCUUUCAUACUACUGUUAGCAGGCUGUGUAGGUAUGUUGGUGUGUGUGGAUUAAGUUAUGAAAAAUCAUGUUUACUCAGUAUUUCUGUGAAGUUUCAAACAAAAAAAAACUGCUGUAGAGUUCUUUGAUACAGCUUCUGUUUUUAAUUUCAGGUUUUUUUUCCACUGUUUUUUGUUAGCACAUUUGCUUCUGUUGGUAGAAGCUGGGAAAGUUAUUGUUCUCACUAAUGUUUUUGUUUCUGUACAUUUCAGCCAAUAAGAUGAGUAAAGUGCACAAGUAAAGUGUUUUUUUCUCAUUUUGUUUGGCCUGAAUUACACAAAGCUUCCUUAUUUGGGGAAACAUUUAGUAAAUGUCACAAUUUUAAAAACUUUAUUGUAAAUUUCAGCUUUACGGAUGACACCAUCGCUUAGCAAGGGAAUUAUGUUGCGGUAAUAACGUCUAGAAAAAAUUAGUAGAAAAUUAAGUACUUUUACAAGGAAAAAGUCACAGUUUUACUAAUAUUCCAAAAACAAUAACAUGUACAGUCAUAAUUUUACAAGGAAAACACAUGAAAAAAAAACUUUUACAAGAAUAAAGUUGUACAAUGACUAUGGAAAAAAUGCAUACUUUCUCCUUUAACUUUAUCAAAAACCUCAACUUUACAGAUCCCAGCCAUUCCUGAAGUAUGUUGUUGUGGUAAUAACGUCUACUGCGACACUUAUUGGUCAUUGUACAAGAAAAUAAAGAAUUUGAGAUAGUUCACUAGUUGUAAUUUUACAAAAACACUCAUAUGAUCAAAAUUUUAAGACCACUUGAAAAUUUGCAAGAAUUUACAUUUCACACUGUUGGAGCUAAAGGAGGUUCUAAGUAGAGCUUCAAAAUGUAGACAGAAGAAAUGGGAGUGAGAUAAAAAAAAACACACAAAAAAAGCAAUUUUACUGAACUAGGCUGUUCAUUAGCUGAUCAAAAAGAAUGCAAAAAGAAAGACCCCAGCUUUUAAAAUUGAAAAUCUUGGCAAAAAUGUGUACUCGAUGUCAUUCACACCGUCAUGAUCUCUUGAUAGCAAAUGCAAAAAAAGCUUUGUCUCUUUUUGAAUGCAAACGAAAAAAGAGCAAAAUACGUCUUCAAAGGCUUUGUCUCCCUCCACGCCACAAAAUUGCCCAUUUGGAAUUUGCACGUGAGCACCAAACAUGGGACAUGGAAAAAUGUUUUAUUCUCUGAUGAGAAAAAAUGUAACUUUGACGGUCCUGAUGGCUUCCAACAUUACUGGCAUGACAAAGAGAUCCCACCUGAGAUGUUUUCCACACGGCACAGUGGAGGGGGGUCCAUCAUGAUCUGGGGUGCUUUUUCAUUCAAUGGAGGUUCAGGUCGUGCAGGGGCAUGAAACAGCAGCUGGCCAUGUGUAGAUGUUGCAGGGGGCAUCUCUCAUGACUGAAGGCCCUCGUCUGUGUGGUCAUGACAGCCAUCUUGACCACCUGGAUAAACAUUCCUACUGGCCUCCUGGAAACCAAUUUUUCAGGUGAUGAACAAGACUGGCGUAGCUACUCAUUACUGAGUCCUUUUUUGAAAAUUGUAUUUUAGCGGCGUUUCGAGUUUUUAUUUUUUUUUUUUAUAGCUAUGGUCUUAAAACUUUUGAUCAGCUGAUGAACAGCCUAUUUCAGUUUAGUGGUCGUUGCAAUAAAUUGCUUUCUCAAAAAAUGUUUUGUCUUACUCCCAUUUCUUUUUUUUGCAUUUUGAAGCUCUUUCUAAAACCUCCUUAAAGUGGCAACAGUGCCAAAUGUCAAUUCUUCAAAAUUGUUCAACCGGUCUUAAAAUUUUGACCAGGAGUGUAUUACAAAAUGGCCGAACAGUGGCCUAGUGGUUAGCAUGUUGGCCACACAGUCAGGAGAUCGGGAAGGUCUGGGUUUGAAUCUCCUGUGGGCAUCUUUGUGUGGAGUUUGCAUGUUCUCCCAGUUUCCUCCCACAUUCCAAAAACAUGCAUGUUAGGUUAAUUGGCGACUCUAAAUUGUCCAUAGGUAUGAAUGUGAGCGUGAAUGGUUGUUUGUCUAUAUGUGCCCUGCCAUUGGCUGGCGACCAGUCCAGGGUGUACCCCGCCUGUCGCCCGAAGUCAGCUGGGAUAGGCAUAUGCCCGCGACCCUGAUGAGGAUAAGCAGCAAAGAAGACGGAUGGAUGUAUUACAAAAAGCCCCAUAAUUUUACAAGUAAAGUCGCAAUGCUAUAACAAUUAUAUGAAAAAAUCAUACUUGUACAGAAAGUCACCAUUUUUCAAGAAAAACAAUUUAAUGAAAAUUAUGUAACAUUACAAGAAAAGAAAUACUUUUACUUGAAUAAAACUGUACGAUCACUGAAAAAUUCUUACUUCAGCUUUACACAGGGUUCCUACGCAAAUAUGGAAUUGGAUUUUAUACAUUUCCAGGUCUAGAAAAGUAAGUAAAGUAGUAAGUAAGAAAUGGAUCGAUCUGUUUUUCUAAGGCGCUUGGUAGGGCAGCUAAGAUGUGUGAGAGCACACAAUGGGUGACGCAAGAUUGACAAGUUUAAUGGCCAUCCCUCUGCUCUUGCACUCUUCCAACCCUCAGUGAGCUACAUUACCUGGUGACAUAAUGGCGUACAAAUUCAGAAUAAUGAAAACAAAAAUGAUUAAUUCCAUAAUUUAUUUACAUGAUACUGGGGCUGCAAUUAACAAUAAUAUUCUUAGGCAAUUAAUCUGAAGCUUGUUUUUUUCGACUGAGUAAUCAGCUCGGCCUUAGACGGACAAAAUCAAUAUGAACCAAACACAAACGGGUAAGUCAAAGCUGAUGUGUGAGAAUAUCUUGUUUUGCCUAAAACACAGCAAUUAUAGGACUGCUUUCAUGGACGACUAAGAAAAUUCAAAAACAUUCACAAUUGAGAGGCUGAUGAUAUCGGCGCAUACGAACAUUUUGAAAUAAAAAAAAAAAGAAUCGAAUACCAAAACAGUUGUCGAUUAAUUGGAUAAUCGAUUAAUCAUUAAUUCAUCGAUUAAUUGUUGUAGCUCAAAUGAUACACAUCUGUUUUCUAGGUCUGGAAAAGUAUGGAAUUUAGAAAUAUCAAAUCCAUGGGAACCUUGUUUCCAGACGCCACGUCUGCAAAGCAAGCCAAUUGUAUUGUGGUAAGAAUGUCUACGAUGACGUGUCAGUUAUGGCCAGUACAAUUGGUUAAAGCUUUAAACUAAGGGAAUAUAACAUUGUUUGAUUUUGUUUUUACACACUUGUUCAGUGAUGGCUCAUCUCCAAGGGUUUGUGCAUUAUGUCACAGAAUAGUAAAGCCCCAUCCAUUUUUAUUUUUUUUUACACCUUUUAUACUUCAAAGCCCAUGACAUGCAAGAUUUUAAAUAGUACACCAAGAAGAAGAUAAGAACAUUUGUACAUUGUUGAAUAAGAUGGGUAAAUAUCGACUUUAUUAUACUUGAUCAUUGUUACAUCACAAAGUGUUAUUUGUGACUAUUUGUUACACGUUCUGGAAUAUUUAGUAGAAGAAGAAUAACAAGAGGAUACAAUGGUGGAAAUGUACAAUGCCUUUGUUGUAAAUGACAAAUACGUUGUGAAUGCAGUGUGUCUUAUUGUACCUAAUAGAGCGAUUAUCAGUCAAGACACUUACGGUCUACAGUCAAAGUCCACAUUCCUUCUAGUCAAAGGACAUACAUAGAAACACGCUCUCUAGAUCUAUAGAGCUAGACAUAGCUUGAACAAAUGAGCAGUGUAGAAUUUGGUCAUGGCUUUUUGAUGGUGCUUACUGUAUAUACAAAGUUCAGUUUAGAAAUAUCCCCAACAAGCCAUUUAUAGACAAUAGAUUACUAUCACAUCUCAUUGUGCUGAUGGAGCAGUACUGUACUGUACUGUAUGCCAAGGAGUCUUAGAAUCACACUCAAAGGAAAAUACACACCCGUACCAGAGUAAAGUUGGGAUAUUAUAGUAAUAAGUAUGUUGAGGUUUGCCGUGACAUCAUUUUGGAAUUUUUGAGGCUUUAGAGCUGUAUUUUUCCCCAAAUGUCCUAACUUACAGGAAAAAAGUGGCUAUUAUUACAAGGGGAAAAGUCAGAUCAAAAAAGUCAUAAAAUUAGGCAAAAUAUUACAAUAAUUAAGUUGUAAUUAUAUGAGAAAAAAGUUGUACUUUGCACAGAAUAAAGUUGGAAUAUUACAAGAAAAGGAACACACUUUUACGGAAAUAAAGUUGGGAUAUUAGAAGAAAAGAAAUGUUACUUUUAAGAAAAGUAGCAGUUUUGUAAGAAAAACGUACAUUUUACGAUUUUAUGUCAUAAUAUUACACAGGACAAAAAUCGUAAGAGAACAAAGUUUCAAAAUGACAAGAAUAUAUAUAUUUAUUUUUUUCCCCAAAAUCAAAUUGCAAUUUUACCAUAGAAAAGUCUCAAUCUUAUGAGAAUGACAUAAUGUGAUGAGACAAAUGAGGUGAGAUACAAGAAAAAAAUUGUAUGAAAACAAAGUUGUAAUAUUUCAAGAAAAACAUCUCGCUUGUAAACUUCUAAGGAAAAAGUUUCAAAUGAAUGAGAAAAGCUGCAAUAUUACAAGAAUUUUUUUAUGAAAAAGUUGUAACAUUAAAAACCCCCCACAAUUUUACAAAAAAAAGUCUUAUGAGAAUAACAGUGUAAUAAAAUGAUGUAAUACACGAAAAAAACGGUAGUUUUACGGAAACAACCGUGUGAACUGUUUUACAGUUACAAAAAUAAAAGUCAUCACUAGAAAAAGGAAUCACACUUUUACGAGAAAAAUAUAAUUUUAAUAAAAUGAAGCCACAAUAUUAAAAGAAACGAUCUGAAUUUUACAAGAAUAAAAUCAUAUUACAAAAAAACCAAGUAAUCGUGUCACUAUUAUAUUACUAUGUUAACAUAUUGUGGUAUGAAAAAGGAGUUUUGCCAUCUGUAAUAUUUUGAUUUCAUAAAAAAAACACUAUUCUUGUAAAAUGAUUAUUUAUUAUCAUGACUGUACAACACUGUCAGAAUUUUACAAGAUUUUUUUACUCCCGAAAAAAAAUACCACUUUAUUCUCGUAAAAUUCCAAAAUUAUUCCUGUGAAUUUACAACUUUGUUCUGAAAAUAUUACUCUUCCUUUUUUUUUUUUUUUUUUUUUCCCCCCCCAGUGUGGCCCUAACACUCCUCGGCACCGAUGAACUUAAGACACAUUGUUGAAAUUUACAUGAAGAAAGGCAAAGAAAAUGCUCCUCCAUUGAAAUGAAAGCAAAAGCGCUGUUUUCGACCUUCACUUUCUCAAUCUCACAACACUUUUUCUUUCUUUCUUUCUUUCUUUUUUAGCUAUGUAGGCAUUGUCAUAGCUCCGGCGGUCCUAAUCACAGUUUUCUCAAGCAUCGUUGAAGCUAAAAGGCAACCGUUGAUAAACACUCAGAAGAAGAUGCUACACAAAACAUGGAGUUGUUUUUGUCAAGACUAGCACGAGUAGCAGUACCACUUCAAGCCAAGGCCUGACAAGUGACCGUUGAAAGGAAAUGUGUUGAAGUGUAUAAUGAUCAGUUAAACCUGAGUUCUGUGUGGGAGUGUGUUUCUCCUCCACUAAUGAUAGUAUUCUAGUGCUAUUCAGGCAUUGAUAAACUCUACUAUACACUUGUUUUUUUUUCUUUUCUGAUAAAUAUGGAAGGGAUUUCACAGUUUGGAUGGACCGUCAAGUAACUCUGUCAACAAGCAAACUCCUCAAAGUUCCCUAGAGUCGGGUGACGAGGUAACAUGUUCGGCGUGAAUCCGAGACUGUCCGAGUGACUCCGGAGGGUGUCACAGGUGCUCUGCAGAAAACACAAGGAUAGGGCAAGG